UCCAAAUUUCCAGUCAGCCUUGGAUGCAGGAACUCAAUUAUUGGGUCAGGCUUUGCAACAACCAAAUAGUGAUACAAGUUCUGUUUUCCAGCUACCAAAUUUUCAAUCAGCUUUGGACGCAGGUACACAAAUGCUGGGUCAGGCCUUUCAACAAGCUAAUGCCGAUGCAGCUUCAGGUGGAUUUCAACUACCCAACUUUCAGUCUGUCAUAGAUACGAGCAACCAAAUGCUGAGCCAAGGAGGCAGCUUAUUUAAUCUUCGUCCACUGCAAUCGUUGGAUCCCUCCACAUCUGCAUCAGAUGCAGAACCAGCGGCUUCACAGAUAUCUGAAGUUCGUGUCAAACCGGAUGCCAUUUCUAUAGCUGAACAUGACCAGAAAAUGCAAGAGAAUGUGAAUCUGGAUGAAUUGAAAAUGACAUCGGCCUUGCAAAAAGCUUUUCUACAUAAGAAAUUACCAAUUUUGUGGUUCCGCAUUCCCGCUGAUUCAUCUGAAAACGUUCAUGACCUUGAAAUGAAAGAACCCAACACAUCUAAAGCGAAAAAUGCCGAAGAAAAGCAACUGCAAACAAAGUUGCAAGCGUUUCAACGCCAAGUUAUGACCGAAUUAAAGCUCCUACAGGACAUAGAACGUCAAGCUAAGGAAAUGCGUGCGGCGUCAUUGGGCUCACAGUCACAGAGUUUUAAAGAUGAUGCUAAUGCUAACACACAUACCAGUAUGUUGAGUAAGAUACCAAUUCAUAAAAUAACCCGCUCUGACAUUGAGAAAGCUUUGAAUGACGAUUAUGUUAAAAAGCUUUUGCAUAGAGCCGCGAUUGCGAAUCGCAAAGAAGUUGGAAAGGCGCCCAUAUAUACACCAAGUGGUGKAAAUAUCAAACGCCAAACCUCUAAGUCAACGAUGGCUCCACGACAAAUGUCAAGAGAUGAGAUUGUGCGCUUGAUGGCCUAUGCAUAUCGCAUGGCAAAUGAUAAUGGAAUUCGAAUGUUGGAAUCUCCAGAGAGUAAGAAGCCAUCAAGCGAUGCGGAAUUAGAUGAUAAUCAAUCUUCCGGAGAUACUUCCAAAACUACAGAACGUAAGUGGCCAUCAGAUGCAAACACACCGAUGAAUAGACAGUGGAUGGAUGAAGAAAAUCGGGAAUCAGAUGAAAWAGCUUUUAAACAGGAUCCCAAGUUAAUGCAAAUGAGACAAAUGUGGGCGGAGCCACUGCCGCAAGUGGCAAUACAGCAGCCUAUGAUGAUGCAGCAGAUGCCGUUGCCAAUGAUGCAACAACCUGAAGUACCUCAAAUGUUAGCGAAGCAAGCUCCAAUGGAAUUACAACAGAUGCCGAUGCCAAUGAUGCAACAACAGCAGAUACCUCAGAUGGUAGCGCAGCAAGCUCCAAAGGAGAUGCAACAUAUACCGAUGCCAAUAAUGCAACAACCACAUAUGUCAGUCUCUCAAGCUCCAAUUGAGAUGCGACAGAUGUCAAGGACGAUGCAAGAGCCCCGGAUGGUAGCACAGCAAACACCUAUGGAACAAAUUCAAGAGCCCCAGAUGGUAGCACAGCAAGCGCCAAUGCAGAUUCAACAGAUACCGAUGCCAAUGAUGCAACAACAGCAGAUGCCUCAGAUGGUAGCACAACAAGUUCCAAUGGAGAUACAACAAAUGCCGAUGUCAAUGAUGCAACAACAGCAGAUGCCUCAGAUGGUAGCACAGCAAGCGCCAAUGCAGAUUCAACAGAUGCCGAUGCCAAUUAUGGAACAACAGCAGAUGCCUCAGAUUGUAGCACAACAAGUUCCAAUGGAGAUUCAACAAUUGCCGAUUACAAUGAUGCAACAACAGCAGAUGCCUCAAAUGGUAGCACAACAGGUUCCAAUGGAGAUACAACAGAUGCCGAUGCCAAUGAUGCAACAACCACAUAUGGUAGCCCAAGAAGCUCCAAUGGAAAUGCGGCAGWUGUCAAGGACGAUGCAAGAGCCCCGGACGGUAGCACAGCAAAUACCGAUGAUGAUGCAAAAUCCUCGGGUAGCGAUGCAGGAGCUGCCUAUGCUAAUGCAGCAUACGCCUAUGAUAUCGCAACAACCUCAGAUUGAGGUAAUGCCGCAAAUGAUGUUGCAACAAAUGUCGCCGGAUAUGCAACGGCAAACUGAAGAACAAAACCUAGUCGGUGAGGCUACGCCACAAAUGUCUGAGAAUGCUGGAAAAGCUCGCUUUAAAGGCGGCUCCGUUUUUGAUGAAUUCGAUAUGUUUGGACUGGGUGGAGGCCAUAAUAAAGGAAAAAAACAAAAACAUUCUGGCUUGAGACCGACAAUUAUUAAUUACUAUUACAAUGCUGGUGGCCGUCCAUCAACUUAUAGUUCAGGCUAUGGCUCAAGCAGCAAACCCAGCUAUGGUGCGAGUUAUGGUAGCGGUGUUAGUGGAAGUUAUGGUACGCUUAACGCCUAUGCUGGAAAUGCCCCAAGUUAUGGAAACUACGGUGCAAGUGCCGGAGGAAGCUACAGUAGCGGAUCUUACAGAACUGCUGUUGGAGAUGAUGAAAUAAGAGCAAUGCUCCAGGAGCACUCACAAAUGAAAAUGAUGUCCGACACAGACCGCAAUCCCGUUAAUACCACAGUUGUGUCGAGUACAACAACAAACCAGGAAACGUCAUUAGCCACUGAAAACAUUAAUCAAAACCAACCAACAUCGCAGACAGAAACAUCUUCGAUUAGUGAUAAGCCAAAAUCUACCACAACAACGUCUACAAACUCGCCAACCACAACUUCUUCAAAGUUAACAAGCUCUAGUGUUAAUCCAGAAAGUUCAUAUUCUAUGGAUCCUGAAAAUGUAGGGUCGAUUUUCAGCUUCAGUCCGAAUAUCUUAACACCUUUUAUGGAGUUACAGUCUGUACCAUUAUAUGAAAGCGAUCCAUGGAAUCACAAAUCGUAUGACUUGCACUAUCCUCUCUAUGUGGGUGGUGGAAGUUAUGAACCAUAUUUAAAUAGCAAACGCUUAAAACGGAACUCGCGUGGUUACACAAACAACAUACUCACACCCAGUAUUCUGGAUCAUUUCCUGAAAGUACGUGUGCAAUUUGAAAAGAGCUUUCCAGAGCUUUAUAAAAGUUUACGUGAUCAACAGCGCGCCCUUAACUUGACUAGAGUGUUUGUGAAGCCUCCGGUGAUACCUAAAAUAGUGAUGUAUCCACCAACAGAAUUGGGUGCUGCCGAAUUGUUACCAUCAGAUUUCAGCUCCAUUCAAAACAAUGAUCCCACUACUAAAAGCGAAGAUGUUACAGACUAUUUUUUAUUUGAUGAUGAUGAUUAGAAUAAU